AUGAAAUCAAACCCAAAAUGUGUAGCUCUAAUGAAAAUACCUGGAGAAAUCGUAUCUUCUCAUAUAAUUUUCGUAAAUAAGAUGUUGCAUUUUCAAACUGUAUUUUGGGUACAACUUUUAAUUAUCAGCCUAUUCUACACUCACAAAGUAAUCACAUCAAUGCCGAUAGCUGAAGAACUGAGUAUUGAGUGUACAAUUCAAUGUGGAGUCGAAGCUGAUAAAUGUCAAAAAGCACAUGCAACAACACAACCACUAAUUGAAGCAUGUGUACAAAAAAUGUUUGAAUGUGUCAAACACUGUACUGGACCACCACCUGUUGAAGAUUAUUAUUAUUACUAA